UUUGACCUGUUUUGUAAAACAGUGGUGUAGUUGAAUUUUUAGGAAAUAUAACGCCAAGGUUAAAAAGCGAAUACAGCGUUGCAUUAGUUCUUUACAGAGAAGUAUAAUACUUUGUGUUUUUAAGACAUCUCUCCUGCACCAUGUUCAGUUGACAAAUAUAACUGAAGAAUUAUCCACGAGCAAAUGCAAAACACAAAUAGAAAAUUUGCCAAUAAGCGCUAAACUUGGAGCAAUUUGAUUUUCAGGAAAAAAAUCAUUUGAGACAGAUUCCUAAUAUUCUUUAAAGUUGACUGUCGCAUGUGCAAACGAUGUGAACGUCUAGAUCCGCCCCUGGUUUUUACGGUAUGCCAUCAGUUGAGCCAAGCUGUGCGGAAGUAGUCGUGUCUCUCAUAGUUAUUGGUUAAGGGUCCUAGGGGUCCAGGGGUCCUAGGGUCUGGUUUUUCCAUGAUGCCCGUUUACACAAAUCUUUUGCAAUUAAAACUAAUUGCUUACGGUUUAAUGAGGUGUUUGAAAUGAGCGUGAAAUGAAGUGUAUACCGCGUAUUUUUACUCAUAAAAUGAUAAAAUACAACAUGUUGUGGUUGUUGAUUGUCUCGCUGCAACACACUUCGUUGAUUUGUUUGUUGUUCAGCCUGUUGAUUUGUUUGUUGUUUGGAUUUGUUGUUGUUCGUUGAUUUGUUUGAAUCACGAUUCAAAAGGCCAGAUUUUCGAAGAUGAACGACUGUGAGAAGAGCCGGCUUUUAUUCCGACCGUUACUCGAUGUCAAGGCUGUUUCUAAAUAUAUACAAGAAGUUUUCGGAGUGGCAGUAACAGACGAAUCGUGUAUCAAAGAACUAAACAGCUACAGAGAUAGAAAUUACUUUGUAAGAGGCAACAUUGCCGACAACGGGCAUUCUUUCGCGACAAGGGGUGAUGGAAAAGGACAAAUUUUCAACGAUUCACUCAAGGCGAAUCAGUCAGCUGAAGUUAUUGGGAAAUUCGUUUUUAAAGUAAUGAGCACAGAAACAACAUAUUCGAAAGACUUUCUGGAUGCUUCUAUAGGCGUUAUGGAGCAUAUACAGGAAAGCCUUGGCAACAGCCCUUACAACUUUCCUAUUGACAUUUUAAGUAGAAAUGGAAAUUUUGCAGAAUUAAAAGAACUUGAGGUUCCAUUAGAAUACAUUGCUGAACGGGAUGCAUCUUUUGCUGAAAAGAUUGCUAAGAAGCAAAUUGAAGGAGACAGCGUGUGGAAGGCUGUUGUUGGUAGAAACUCUGAAAUCAAACUUGUGAUAAAACACUAUAUCAGGUUACUUUCUUUUGUGGACGGGAAGACUAUGAAGGAUUUUGAAAUCGAAGACAAACUGCUUAUUCAGGUUGGAGAUUUGGCUGCAACAGUAUGCAAAGCAUUAGAGGGAUUUUCCCACCCAAUCCUUAUAGAAAAGAGAGAUAUAUGGGAUUUGAAGAACCUGCUUUGGCUGAAUUCACCGCAGUAUCUCGAUGCCAUAAUGAACAAAGAAAACCAUGGUAUGGUCGUGAAGUGUUUUCAGUUGUUUCAAGAUAAUUUCCUUUCAGUCGCAGAGAAUUUACCUAAACAAACGAUUCACGCGGACAUCAACGCAAGCAAUUUAAUCACUGAAAUAAUCGACUCAAAAGCAACGAUUGUUGGUUUGAUAGAUUUUGGUGAAGUCACUUACUCGUUUCGUGUAUGUGAAAUUGCAAUAUGUAUGGCCUACAUGAGCUUGCUUAGGCCAAAUGACUGCCUAAAGGAUGUUGGCCUCGUUCUGUCCGGGUAUUUGUCAAAGGAGCCCUUAACAGAUCUUGAAUUGAAAGUGUUGUAUUACGGUGUUAUUGGGAGACUGGCACAGUCCCUUACUAUGGGCAAUUAUCAAUACUCUUUGGAUCCUGGUAACGAAUAUUUGUUAACAACGUCACAAACUGGUUGGAAAGUUCUUGGAAUGUUCUUAGAAUACGAGGAAAGAGUUGACGAAUUAAUUGAAUACUGGCUGCAAGUUCAUGUAAAUGUACAAGUUUGAGACACUUUAAACUCUAUUGCCAGGAAAGUAAUUGUUUUAAGAAUUCUUAUGCAAUACUACAAAUCUGUAAUUACUGUAAUUACAAAUACUACAUAUAAGUUUUCGGGGAGAAAAUAUAACUAUUUAGAUUUUUUGGUUUUGAAUUAUGAAAUCACUUUGCUUCCCAGUAUAAAAUAACAAAAUAACUGAAUACAUCUUUUAAUGUUGUGUUAGAAUUAUCUAUUUGAUAACAGCAUUGACUCAAGUUACUUUUGAUAUGUAGAGCUGUUAAGAUACCAUAUUACGUCUGGGUUGCUCUUUUAAAUUUUUCAAACUUUUUCGGGGUAUUUUCUCAAAGGAGGCGCUUAAAAGAAGAGGCGGCUUUUCAUACUUAGAUUAGUAAAAAUUCCAAUAGCAUAGAAUCUACCGCAAAUAGUUUUGGCUUAUAUUAUCUCAACAAAAUAGACGAAACACCAGAUAGCUUCAUAGUGCUUUUAUCUACAUUAAUUGUUCCACAUCUUCAUACUAUGAAUUCUUUCUAAUACAACUAAACAACAGUUUUGUAAACCAUUUAAGUGGCAGGAUUGAUUCGCUGAUAAAAUCUGUCUUCUAAAUUUUCAAAUCUCCAAACAGAUAUCGUUCAUUUUUCAAUUUUUUCAUCUGAGGCUAGACAUGUUUCCUGCGAGGUUAUUCUUAUUUUAAACAAAUUAGACGAAGACUGGCCCCUUCAGGUUGUACCCUCUACGCAAAAGACUUCAGACUAUAAGUUUUGAUACAUGUAUGUUUUUCGAGUUUCUUUAGGUGUUCCCUGAAAACAAGUUGAGCAAAACAAAGAUAGAUUUCUCAUCCAGUGUCCUUAGAUUCCUCUCAAAAGUACCAAAUGAUCACCACAGUUCCAAAGAGAAUCAAUUCCCAACUUUUACCUAAGUACGGGGCCUUUUGGCUAUUCCUGAACAUAUUCUUUAUAAAUUUUCAAUAUUUUUAUCUGCAAAGUUUGGUUUUUGAAGACUCAGUCCAUUUUGUAUGUGAGUCGGUCCAAUGUGUUCUGACAUCUCCUUAAUAAAUUUUCUACGUUGGGGGUAGGAAUGGAACAUUUGACAAUUUCGAAAUACUUUACUUCGGUAGUUUGAAAUAUGAAUUAAUUAUGGACUUCAUUAUAUAUUCAUUAUAAGUAUACUAAUCUUAAAGUCAUUACUUUUUGAAGUCACCUAAACCUUGAGGCCCUAGGGUAAUUUGCCAACCACUCUCGGGCCUGGUUAUGAGAUUGUUAAGAAUAUUACCCCUGCUUAGGUUCAAUAUCAGGCCUAGGUAGGGAAAUUCUUUUGGUAUUUCCACCUAGGGUAGCAGAGUUAGGUUAGGUACGAGAAAUUGUUCAAAGAGGACUGUAUAUAAAUAUCGAAUAAGGAAAAAAUGAAUAUGUAUCUUAAUAUCUAUGACAAAAAUGUAAUACGAUAAGUGUUA